CACUGUAGAUGCAUCCUUUCUAAUGUGGAAGCUUUGCUGACGUAGUGGUAGAGCUGAAUUUGUUUUGUAACUUAUUUGCUUUAUAUUGAAAUCUAACACCAAAGUAAAGAUCAGACAGAGCAGUCGAUGGAUUUACUAGGAGGAGCGUUGGCUGGCGUUGCAGCUGUUACAUUUGGCCCGUCUCUAUUAGGUUUUACUGGAACUGGAAUUGCAUCUGGAUCCAUUGCAGCCAAACUCAUGUCGGUUACAGUCUGGGCUAACGGAGGAAUUGCAGCUGGAAGUGUUGUUGCUCUACUGCAAUCGGUAGGGGCUGUUGGACUAAGUCUGAAAGGCAAAGCUCUUGCUGCCGCUGGAGGCGCUGCAGUUGUACGAGGUGGAAAUAUUCUCUGGCAACAUGUACUGGAAGGAAGGAGGGGAGGACAUGAGGACCAAGGGGAGGAUGAAGAGGAACAAGAAGAUAAUGAGAAAGAAGAGAAGAAGGGAAAGCAGAAAAGGAACCGUACCUUUGAAGAAGGCAGAGUGGGAAGACCCAAAUUAAAAAUAUGCUGAUCAUAGGUCUGUUAGCAUAAGAAUACCAGACGUGUGUGAUUAAAGUUACUAACAAAAGAUUAAAGCCUUGUAAAAUAUGUUGCCACCGGUACUACUGUUAGAAAUAUACAGUAGGCCUGAAACCGUCUCGGCCGGCAUUAAGCUACAUUUACCAUACUCGCGCGAAUAACCACCCCGUUUGAAUAAGCGCCCCUCGAUUCCUAAAAAAAAAUUCAAUCAUACAGUACAGUACAGUACAUCACCAACCUUAUUUUUGCAUCAACUAUUCGCAUCUAUCUUAGCAUUGUCGGUCGGUCAGUCCAGCUAUCCAUCAGUCCAUUAAGUAUAACAUGAUUUUCAGUUUUGAUGUAUCUUUAGAAUCCCGUACUUGUUUUAUUGCUACCAUUUUUUGAUUUAGAACUACUAGUAUUUAAUAGGCCUAUCUAAAAAUGAAAAUACUGUUCGGCCAUUUUCAGUCAACAAAAAUUAACUGACUUCAUCACUCUCGUAUCUAAGCAAGAAACCCUGCAAUGAUCCUGCUAAUCUGAAUUGGCAGAUCGCCAACACCUUACUACCACCACCAACACCACCACUAAUUUCAUCUGCUGUUGAAUCGUCAAGAGAGCCAUGCUCUCUUGACGAUUACCUUUUCUUCAGCAAAACCAUUCGCUUAUCUUCGAUUAAAAUAUGAAGUGCCCCUUGAAUUUUCCAAUUUCCCAUAAGCACUCCUUCAAUUUUCAUCUAUUUCCAUAAGCGUCCCCUUAAUUUCUGUUUUUCUGUUUUUAUAGCGCCCCGUUUGAAUAAGCGCUCCUCAAAAAGAGCCAAAAUAUUUUAAGUGCCCUUUGCGCUUAUUCGCGAGAGUCGGUACACUUGACACGAUACAAAUGCGCUCAAUGUUGAAGAUAGAUAUGUCGUUGCCGGGUCGUUAUCGUCUAGUGAUAAGGCUAUAAUCACGACUUUGGUCAAAAUGAUAGUCUCAGGCACUUGUCUCUUAUUUAUAGGCGUUGGACCUUUCCAGUUGCCAUCACAGUAUGCUAUACCGUACUUUAUAUUAAUUCCUCGUCCUAUUUUACUCCAACGAUUAUUAUACCACUUUUCAAAAUUGAAAUUCCUCAUCUGACGUAAAAGCUCUCAUAUUAGGACCUACCUACUGUAAACCUAUUAACUUCAGGGGCCAAAAAGCGUUCCCUAAUGUACCGGUAGGAUUGUUCCCUGAAUUAACAUUUAAAACAACAAAAAUUAUACAUUGCUUCUUAAUGAAAAUGAUAUGAAUAAAUAAUGAGAUGUUAUCAUUUUAGUUACAAUACUGUUUUGAGCUUUUGCAUGCACAAGAUACAAUAGAAUGAAUAGUGAGUACCGUUAAGCUGUUGAGUUUGAUAGUCAGGGACUUUAGAAAUAUUAGGGUGCAGGUUAUGGAUUGGAAUUCGAUGACAGCGAUUAGGAAAAAGAAAAUAAUCAAUAUUGACUAAGGGCCAAAAUAAUUUAUGAUGGUUGUGAUUGAUUUGUAAAAGUACAGUAACAGUAAUAAUUCCAUUAAAUCAUUGGACAUUCUAACUGGAGUGUUGUGAAGAAUGUUGGAUAUAGUAGGUGAAUAACCAUCGAUAUUCAUUUUAAGGAUCAGGAAAAAACUCUUGAUGUUAAGUUUAUUGGUCAAAAGUUUUCAAAAUUUAAAUUUGAAUGAAAUACUGUUUUUUUUUUCACUUGUGUGGUAGGAUAUAAAUAAGAGUAUUUUGACGUUUGUAGUCUACUGUAAUUGUAAGAUGUUACCUGU